AUGGAUUUUACGGCCCCAGCUGGUUCCAGUGCCAUUGGACUAAGUGCCGUUGGACCCGUCCAGACUGUAACAAUAGGCUUAUCCCCCGGUAUGCUGGUGCUGGCUAAAGAUAUGCCAUCCAUUACGAUGCUAGGCAAUGCAUUGCGCAACGUUACAAAUUCCCAAGCACUGGCCAAACCUGGGGAACUGGUGGGUCGCCGAACGGACCAGACACUUCCAGUAUGUCCCAUGCGGACAAUAAACCACUAG